CAUGCUGGAGUUCGACAGCGAGAACCUGAACUCGGAGGAGAUCUACAGCUCUCUGCGUGGCGUCACCGAGGCCAUCCAGAACUUCAGCUUCCGCAGCCAGGAGGACCUGAUGGAGCCGCUGAGGCGAGACGGCAAGAGGGACGCCAUGUCUGGAGUCGGGGCGUCCUCAGACUCCGACCCUCGGCCCGGCGGCGACGUGGUGGGAGGAGGACGCACCGCCCUGGACAACAAGACGUCGCUGCUGAACACGCCUUCGCCGCGCUCCUUCGCCGGCCCGCGUUUCAGAGACUACAACCCCUACAACUACACGGACAGCAUCAGCACGCUGGACAAAGCCGCCCUGAAGGAGGCGUUGUACGAGGACGCCGUGGAGCAGCUGCGAGACGGCAGCAGACAAGAAAGUGUCGAGAACAAGAUCAUGAACCCCAAAAGCUUCCCUGCGGGCCCCGUCGAGCAGCUGCAGCUGGUCGGGGAGCUGCUGAAGGAGCUCUCCCAGGGCCAGGCCGGGGACCGGGGCCCCGAGGAGCGGCGGGGGACCCUGCUGGAGCUGCUCAAAGUGGCCCGGGAGGACAGCCUGGUGGUGUGGGAGGAGCACUUCAAGACCAUGCUGCUGCUGCUGCUGGAGACGCUCGGAGACAAAGACCACACGAUCCGGGCGCUGGCCCUGCGAGUCCUGAAGGAGAUCCUGAGGAACCAGCCGGCCCGCUUCAAGAACUACGCCGAGCUCACGAUCAUGAAGACGCUGGAGGCUCACAAAGACUCGCACAAGGAGGUGGUGCGUGCGGCGGAGGAGGCGGCGUCCACGCUGGCAGCCUCCAUCCACCCGGAGCAGUGCAUCAAGGUCCUCUGUCCCAUCGUGCAGACGGCGGACUACCCCAUCAACCUGGCCGCCAUCAAGAUGCAGACGAGGGCCAUCGAGCGCAUCGCCAAGGAGCCGCUGCACCAGCUGCUGUCUGACAUCAUCCCCGGGCUCCUGCAGGGCUACGACAACACGGAGAGCAGCGUGAGGAAGGCCAGCGUCUUUUGCCUCGUGGCCAUCUACGCCGUCAUCGGAGAGGAGCUCAAGCCGUACCUGGCUCAGCUGACCGGCAGCAAGAUGAAGCUGCUCAACCUGUACAUCAAGCGGGCGCAGACCUCCACCAGCAACAGCAGCAGCUCCUCCGACAUCUCCUCCUACUGACGGCGCCCCGCUCCGCUCCGCCCGCCGUCUCUCUCCGCGGUCAUUUAGGCGCCGAAACUCUCCACAUCCAAAAUCUCCUCCUUCAUUCCUGCAGCUGCCGAGGAUUUUGUCUUCUAGUUUUUCCUCCUCACACACUAAAGGUAGAGUCAUGAGCCUUAAAAUCUUCCAUCGGAGCAGAAACCUCCUCCUCCUCCUCCUCCUCCUCCUCCCGAAAUAUUUCUGAACGUUGUUUCACACCUGGAGGCGAGUCUUUUCGGGAAACCAUCAGUAUUUUUAUUAGUUUUUAGUAAUCCUCGUCUUCAGACUGUCUCUGUUGCUUUGACACAUCAAACCUUAUCGUGUUCUGAAUGUAAAGAGCUUCGAGCGGACGUUUCUCCUCCCUGAACUGCUGCCGCCUCGCCGGGACCCCGGGGGGAGCCCUCCGAAGGGAGGUCGGGAUCAAGUUUGAGCCGUAUGGAGCAGUUAGAGAAAGCGGCACUUUGGUUUUUAAAAAGGGUCCAUCUGAAGAUUAAUAUGUCCAAAAUAACGAGCUUUCAUUAUUCAGAUUUCACUACAACUGAAGAACAAAUCACUUUAAUAUAAAAUAUGUUAGCUUUAAAAAAAGAUUUAAAAAGAAAUUAUUCAAUCAAUGUUACUUUAUAAUAAUCAUUUGGCUGGCCAAUGAUUUUACAGUGGUUUUAUUUUUGGGCCCAGCCAGCAGCGGAAGGUCUCGGCUGUUUGUGAUUUCUUUCAAAAACACGUUACGAAGGCCCAAAAAAUUAGCAAGAAAUUCAGAAAAGUUGCAAGAAAAUGAGCAAAAAAUGAGCAAAAACAGGGUUCCUGCAAAUCAACGAAAAAAACUUCAAAUGCAUUGAAAUAAUGAAUCUAAAAAUAAGGCCUUAGUUCGUAUUAAAAGUCUUAAAUCAAUAUUUCAGGUCUUAGUUAUUGAUGUUGUUGUUUUUCCAGCUCCUACAUUUUGGUGAUUGUAAAAUUGGUCUGAAUUUGAAUUCUAAUCGGCAUUAAAAUGCGAUUUUCUUGUCAAUUUUUAUUAUUAUUUCUUGCAAUUCGCAGGACUUUUUUUCCAAAUGUAAUUUUACUUUUUAUCCCAUGUUUUUGAAAGAAAUCAAAGAAAAAACUUUGCUGACAUUUGAAGGGUUGAAAUGCUUUUGAAGGGUUAAAGAAGAACAAAUCAUUUUUCACGUGUAAUAAGAGCUGAAUUUUUUCUGUGUGACAAUCAUCAGUUGAAUUUCCAUUAACAAAUCUAAUAAUCCACCUUAAGAUAUAUAAUGUUAAUGAUACAUAUUAACAACAAAAGUCAACACAAACAAACAACUCA